AUGGCCUCACAAACGACCAAGCUCUUCAAGCCAAUCAAGGUUGGCGCCCUCGAUCUACAGCAUCGCAUCGUCCUAGCGCCCUUGACCCGUGGCCGUGCUGAUUCGGCUGGAGUUCCCGCUACCUAUGCCGCGGAUUACUACUCCCAGCGCGCUACACCUGGCGGUUUGUUGAUCACAGAAGGAACCUUCAUCUCCCAUGAGGCAUCUGGGCGCUCUUUCUCACCAGGGAUCUAUUCCAAAGAGCAGAUUGCGGCCUGGAAGCAUGUUACUGAUGCAGUCCAUCCCAAGGGUGCUUUUAUCCUCUGCCAGCUCUGGGCUCUUGGACGUAUUGCCGAACCUGAUCUAGUGCCUGCUGUUCUCAGUCCUGGCUCCCAACCAUUCUUCGAGGAUGAAAAUGUCGCACGAAAGAUUCCGAAUAACUUCACCGUCAUGAGCGAAGCUGAUAUCGAUGACUUUGUGGAAUACUACCGACAAGCAGCUUUGAACGCUAUGGAGGCUGGUUUCGAUGGCAUCGAGAUCCAUGGUGCUAAUGGAUACUUAUCGAUCAAUUUCAACGAUAGAACAGACCAAUACGGCGGCAGCGUCGAAAACCGGAUCCGCUUCCCCCUCCGCGUCGUCAACGCAGUCAGCGACGCCAUCGGACCCGAACGUGUUGGCGUCCGCAUGUCACCAUUCACACGCUUUCAAGGAAUGCGAGAAGCCGAGCCGUUGUCGCUCUUCGUUCCUUGGGCACAAGCUAUAGUAGAUGCUCAACCUCGCAUUGCGUACAUCCAUGCCAUCGAACCUCGAGCAGAUGGUUCGGUUGAUACGCCUGAGCAUCUACAAAAGGCAGAGGAUACUUUGGCGCCUAUAAGGGAGGUGGCUGCUUGCGCUGGUGUGCAGUUUAUUGUGGCAGGGGGAUAUACGCCGGAGAAGGCGUUGCAGCAUACCAGUGAGACAGAUGAUCUAGUGGCUUUUGGGCGUCACUUCAUCCCGAACCCUGAUCUCCCUGCCCGAAUUGAGAAUGGCUGGUCGUUGACCAAGUACGAUCGUUCUGUCUUUUAUGAGUUGAACGAGGUUGGAUACAGCGACCUUGAUAGCUACGCGACUUACAUCCUUGAUUAA